CACAGAAUGCUUAAAGCAGCUUUAAGUGGAGAGUGGAUUUUUUUUUCUCAGUUUGUCUUCUGUUUUCAACUCUGAAAGAAUGUUGUGGCUGCUAUUUUUCCUAGUGACUACUAUUCAUGCUGAACUCUGUCAUCCAGAUGCAGAAAAUGCCUUUAAAGUAAGACUUAGCAUCAGAACAGCUCUUGGAGAUAAAGCAUAUGUCUGGGACACAGAUGAAGAAUAUCUCUUCAGAGCAAUGGUAGCAUUCUCCAUGAGAAAAGUUCCUAGCAGAGAAACUACAGAACUUUCCCAUGUUCUGCUUUGCAACGUAACCCAGAGGGUAUCAUUCUGGUUUGUGGUCACAGAUCCUUCCAAAAAUCACACUCUUCCUGCAGCUGAAGUACAGUCAGCCAUAAGAAUGAAUAGGAACAGGAUCAACAAUGCAUUCUUUUUGGAUGAUCAUACUCUGGAAUUUUUAAAAAUUCCUUCCACUCUUGCACCCCCCACGGAUCCAUCUGUGCCCAUCUGGAUUAUUGUAUUUGGUGUGAUAUUUUGCAUUGUCAUAGUCGCAAUUGCCCUACUGGUUCUAUCAGGAAUCCAGCAAAGAAGAAGGAACAACAAAGGACAACCUGGAGUGGAGGAUGCAGAAGACAAGUGUGAAAACAUAAUCACAAUUGAAAAUGGCAUCCCUUGUGAUCCCUUGGACACAAAGGGAGGGCACAUUAAUGAUGGCUUCUUGACAGAGGAUGAGCGCCUCACUCCUCUCUGAGAGUGACAGCUGCUUGGCAGAUUUAUUUGGUUUCACCAUUGUUUUUAUUUUGUAAGAAAUUUUCAACACGCUUGAAUGCAAUAGACAACAAAUUAAUUAUAGCCAAGACCACUGAAAUCAUAAGGUGUUGGCUUCUCAAAAUAUUCUAUAUUUUCUUCUGAUAAUUGAGUGUGUAAGUGUAGUCGUGUGUAUUUGUAGUUACUGAUUUGAGCAUUUCUAGAAAUAAAGCCAGGGCUCUUAAUAUAUUUCACACUUUAAAGAGAGAAGGAGAAAUAUUUUUUCCAGUGGAGAAUAGCUAUAGCAUGGCAUAGAAAUAAUUGAAAGGGAUCUGUUUUGAAUAUUGUUUAUGUUACUCUGUUUAUGAUGAAGUGAGGAAAAGUAACAUGAGGUGGAUAAAAAUGGCAAUGGAACUUUAUUCUGUUAUCACACCAACAGUUGCUGUAUAUUUUCUGCGUAUCAGUCUUCAGUAGGGUCAGCAGAUGUAUUUGUUGUUGACUAUUUGCAAUUUGAACAAGUCCUAUAUACGCUGAUUUAAUAAAGCACUAAUCUCAUUUGG